GAGACCUUGAGCAUCAAGGCCACAUACGGCGGCAACAGUGAUCAGAUUCCAGAAGUUAAAUUCUUACGAGGAAACAGCACUGAUCUCAGCAACGAAAAACGGGCAACCAUCAAGGUUGACCCUCUCACAAAGUCCGUCACUCUCCUUCUGAGGGACGUACGCAUCGAAGACAAGGGAACCUACAGUAUCCAGUUACUCUACGGUGGAACUAUCUGUGACAGAUCUUCCUUCCAAGUUGCAAUCAAUAAAUUAGAACAGAACGAAGACGAACUUGGAGAACUUCCUUCGAGCCGACGGCCAUCUGGCAUUACCAUCCGAGAAGAGUUUGACGAGGUAAGUCAACUGAUACAAGAGAGUCUUUCCUAUACUUGUAGCGCAAAAAAGCGAACAAGCUGCACUUUUCUUAAACGCUUCAAUUAUCUUUUGGAAAUCCCGAAGAUUAUCUCGUCCGUGAGUCGUCAGCCCCUUGCAAGUGUUGCUUCUAUCCUGGCAUAUUCAGCUGAAUUUAGCUAAUAUUCUGGCAUGUUUUGCCUUAACACCUAA